UAUUACUAUGUUUGAUUGACUUCCGUCAAAAAAAUUGUCAACUCCAACUGUCGAAAUCUUCUUUGGAUACUGUAUAUUUCUUUGAAAAAGUUUUAAAUUUAAAUUGAAGUAUAUUCAUAUUUGGGAUUAAAUGUCUCUCGUCGCAUAUUAUACUUCUAGUGACAAUGACAGUGAAGACGAAACUGGUGUUCAACAUCAUGAAAACAGCACCAAUGACAAUGUCAAUGAAACAAACCACAGUGUGGGAUCAACAACAAAUAUUUCCCUGGAAAAAAUAAUGAAAUCGGAAAAUGAAAAACCACACCAGACCCAAGAGAUUCAAAGUUUGAUCCAUGAAGUUGAUGAUUCUGUUAACUCCCUCUUAAAAAAUUUACCUGCACCAAAAACAGUGACACAAUCUGAUGGAAAACAAGAUGAUUAUCUAGAAGAUGCAGUCAAACCUAAACCAUCACAGACAGCAGAUGCUCCGAAACCUCCUUCAAAAACUAGAAAGCCAGUGAAAAUAUCUAUACCUACCAUUGAUUCAGAUUCAGAUGAUGAAAAUGAACCGAGAAAAAAGAAACAGAAAAUAGUUCCUCAGACAGGCAAAACCGGAUUGACAGCAAUUUUACCACCUCCUAUUCAUUCUUCAAGAAAAGAAUCUAACCGAACAUUAUUACCUUAUAUCUUCACAAAAAAGAAACAAACAGACUCUAAGCCAGUGAUAAAUAGUACUAACAACAGUGUGAAAUCAACAACUGUUACUAAAACUGGUCCUACAUCAGUAACAUCUAAGACUUUAAAUAUUGCCACAUAUGGAAGUGAAAGUGAGGAUAGUGGAAAUGAAGAUGACUCAUCAAAUUUCUUUGCUCUAGGUUCAGUUGAACAAACAGUUAAACCUGCUGAAUCAUCAAAUUUCUUUUCGCUGGACUCAGAAGUGCAACCUACAAAAGGGGAAAAAUCAUCAAACUUCUUUUCAUUAGAUAUGCAUAUUCAUCCCAUAAGAUCUGGUGAAUCAUCUAUGCAUUCAACAUUACCUAAAAUAAAUUUAAAUCUUCCUCCUCCAAUUAAGUCUGUUGAAACAAAAGUUACAGUAGAGACUGACCAAUCAGAUCUAUCAGCACAACAUACAAGUUUGAAGAGAGGUGUAAUUGGAACUGAUUCCUCAAUUGUGGAAAAUCCUAUUAAUCGGGACAAGCCAUUAAAUUUGAUUUCUACUAUGGAAAAUGCACCAUUGACUUUUAAAUCUACAAUGAAAAAUCCUUAUAGAAAUUUUUCAAGUUUUCAACCAGAAAAUUCUUAUCAACCAGCAAGUUAUGGAACAGAGACAGUAGGUCCUACUGUAUGUGAACAGAAUGAACAGGUUGAAGGAUAUUCUAAUGCAGACGACAUAAAUGUUUUACAGCAGGAUGAAGAGUUUCUUAGGUUACAAGGGAAGCACCAACGUGGAAAAGAGCCUAUACAAUUUGUAGAUGUCAAUGCGGAUGAUUUCAUUAGUACAGCUGAAUAUCAAAAAGCACUCAGUGAAGAGACAGAAUAUAGACCUUCACUUAAAAAGAAGGAUGGACCUUCUUCACAACAGAAAAGAAAACAUCAAAUCACAUAUCUUGCUCACCAGGCUAAAGAAAGGGAGCUUGAACUGAAAAAUGCUUGGUCACAGAAUGCCAUGUCCAAAAGACAAACACAAGCAAAAUAUGGUUUCUGAUAGUUUAUGUUGAUAUAGAACAAUUACCAUAUGUGUGUGUCAACUUAAAUUAUAACUGUGUACAAAUUACAACAUGUUGUAGACAUAAACAAUAUAAGAAUAAAGUUAUGUCUCUUUGAAAAAA